GGUAAUCUAUAAUCUGUGCUGGAACCACUGAAACCAACAGCUCAAACGAUAGACUAAAUUACAAAUCCUCCAAAAGUGACUCAUUGUUUCCAAGUUUUUGCAGAUAAAAAUGAAGCUAGUGAGAUUUCUGAUGAAGCUCAGUCAUGAGACUGUAACGAUCGAAUUGAAAAAUGGGACUCAGGUUCAUGGAACUAUCACCGGAGUGGACGUGGCAAUGAAUACUCACCUGAAAACUGUUAAAAUGACGAUAAAAAAUCGUGACCCAGUGCAGCUGGACACACUGAGCCUUCGUGGAAAUAAUAUAAGGUACUAUAUUCUUCCGGACUCUCUGCCUCUGGAGACACUUCUCAUAGACGACACUCCAAAGGCAAAAGCAAAAAAGAAGGAGGCAGCGAGGGGUGCAGCUCGAGGACGAGGACGUGGUGGUCGUGGUGCACGUGGAGGUCGGGGUGGACGUGGCAGGGGUCGGGGUCGACGAUAAUCGUAAUCCCAAAGAGAUCCCCCAAUGUCACAAACAGUGGCUUUUCAAUUCAUCUAAUCUUAAGUUAAACUACACAAACUUACUGAAGUAAUUAGGCUUAAACUUGAGGCAAGAAAAUACAGAUUUCAACUACAA